AUGUCGGCAUCCGUUUCUCAUUUUGAUGAACUAUCCAAUUUUAUUGCGAUUACCAUUACACUGAGCAAUCAUGUAUUGCAUUAUAAGGGCUAUGAGGCGCUUAACAGCUCCUGUUCGCGGGGGAGUUGGUACGAGCAUAUCUGCGAGCAGUUACAUUCGCUUUUUACCUCCAUUAUUCAGUGUGAUUUCUUUCUAGUACGAUAUCCAGUGCUGGUGCUGAAUAUUCUCAUCUUCUGUUUGGUCAUUGUUUCGUCCAUUCUCAUACUAGUUGGACUUUGUACAGUAAAUACGUUAUUAAUUCCGUGGCAUUCACCGAUGUCAUCAGAGGAUUCAUUUCCUUCUGACGUACGCAAAAUAGCGUUAGGAAUAUUUUUCCUUGGAUUACAGCUAUUUCACAUUUCGUUGAUUCUGAUUGUUACGGCGAAGUUUCAACAAAUGACUGAAAGGAAGCGAAAACCCAUGUACAAGGUCGAUGGAACAGUAAGCUUAAUUCGUUUCAGCAUUUAUGAAAUGAACGGAACCCGGUGUGUUUUUGUAGGACAUUGCUGUAGCUGA